AUGGCGAUACCCAUGUGGACGAUCUUGCGCUGUGGGCGGUGUGUGGAGUGGACGGUGUGUGGAGUGGGCGGUGUGUGGAGUGGACGGUGUGUGGAGUGGGCGGUGUGUGGAGUGGACGGUGUGUGGAGUGGGCGGUGUGUGGAGUGGGCGGUGUGUGGAGUGGGCGGUGUGUGGAGUGGGCGGUGUAUGGAGUGGGCGGUGUGUGGAGUGGGCGGUGUGUGGAGUGUACGGUGUGUGGAGUGGGCGGUGUGUGGAGUGGGCGGUGUGUGGAGUGGGCGGUGUGUGGAGUGGGCGGUGUGUGGAGUGGGCGGUGUGUGGAGUGGGCGGUGUGUGGAGUGGGCGGUGUGUGGAGUGGGCGGUGUGUGGAGUGGGCGGUGUGUGGAGUGGGCGGUGUGUGGAGUGGACAAUGUGUGGUGUGGAGCACCCAUUGGUGCGUGA